ACGAACUCAGCCUCACCCUGCACAUCUGACCUCGGCCCUGCACUUCCCGGCAGGGCCCUGUCGCCAUGUCCUGUGUACAAAGUCCGAGUUGACCUCUGGCUUCUUGCCCACAAGCCCCCACGUGACUUCCAGUGUGGCUGGUGCUCGUCCCUUUGCACAUUCAUCUCCCUUAAACCGCCAACAGCUCCUUGAAGUACGGACUAGUCUUAUCCCCACAGCGAAGAACACUUGUGCCCGACACUGGGAAGCGCCGGAGCCAAGUCUCGAACCGGAGAUCUCGAGCCUCGCCCGCAGCCCCGCCCACGACCCACGGCGCUCGGCCGCCGCCCCUACCGGCCGCCAGGGGCGCUGUUUCUGGAGAGACCGAGCAAACACAGGCGCACGAAGAAGCACCGCCCGGGCCGCGGGGCCUGAAGCGCAGGCGCAGUAACAGCCAACGCGGGCUGCUGGGCUCGGCCCUCGACGGCCAUCGAUGCCUCGGGGCUCGUGACGUUGGCCUGGCGGGCUCGGUCAUAGAGACGCGACGGCCGGAGCGGCGACGGAGGGCGGAAGCGGGUCUGCGGGCAGAGGCCUGGCGCCGGGGCGGGGGCAACGCAGCCGGGCGGAGGCGGCCGCGGGCCGCCUGGGCAGAAUGUCACGAUGGACGAGGGGGGCAUACCCCUGCUCCCCGACAGCCUCGUUUACCAGAUCUUCCUGAACUUGGGCCCGGCCGACGUGCUGGCCGCGGGGCUGGUGUGCCACCAAUGGCAGGCCGUGUCCCGGGAUGAGUUCCUGUGGAGGGAGCAGUUCUACCGCUACUACCAGGUGGCCCGCAACGUGCCCCGACACCCAGCGGCCACAUCCUGGUACGAGGAGUUUCGGCGGCUCUACGACACAGUGCCCUGCGUGGAGGUGCAGACUCUCGAGGAGCACACCGACCAGGUCCUGCACCUUAGCUUCUCCCACUCAGGCUUCCAGUUUGCUUCCUGCUCCAAGGACUGCACCGUGAAGAUCUGGAACAAUGACCUGAGCAUCUCACUGCUGCACAGCGCAGACAUGCGGCCCUACAACUGGAGCUACACCCAGUUCUCCCAGUUCAACCAGGACGAUUCUCUGCUGCUGGCGUCCGGGGUGUUCCUGGGGCCCCACAACUCCUCCUCAGGCGAGAUCGCCGUCAUCAGCCUAGACACCUUCGCCUUGCUGUCCCGCGUGCGCAACAAGCCCUACGACGUGUUCGGUUGCUGGCUCACGGACACCAGCCUGAUCUCGGGAAACUUGCACCGCAUCGGGGACAUCACGUCGUGCUCUGUGCUCUGGCUUAACAACGCCUUCCAGGACGUGGAGUCGGAGAACGUGAACGUGGUGAAGCGGCUUUUCAAGAUCCAGAACCUGAACGCUAGCACCAUCCGCACUGUCAUGGUGGCCGACUGCAGUCGCUUCGACAGCCCGGAGCUCCUGCUGGACGCCGGCGCCCCUGGCGCAGGCCCCGGCCGUGUCUUUGACCUGAGCAGCGACAGCGAGGACCAGGCGGUCGACCCGGGCCCGGCCCGCGCCAAGGGCUUGCGGCACGUCCUGGAGGGCCGGGCCCAGCCCCAGCUGUCAGAGUGCGCUCUGGAGACCAAGGCAGCCGAGCUGCUGGCCCAGGGCCACACCAAGCCCCCCGAGCGCAGCACGGCCGCCGCUGGCAACAAACUCCUCAUCUUCACCACGGGCUGCUUCACCUACUCGCCGCACCAGAUCGGCAUCAAGCAGAUCCUGCCGCACCAGAUGACCACGGCGGGGCCCGUGCUGGGCGAGGGCCGGGGCUCCGACGCCUUCUUCGACGCGCUCGACCACGUCAUCGACGUGCACGGACACAUCAUUGGCAUGGGCCUGUCCCCCGACAACAGGUACCUGUACGUAAACAGCCGCGCCUGGCCCAGCGGCUCGGUGGUGGCCGACCCCAUGCAGCCGCCGCCGAUCGCGGAGGAGAUCGACCUGCUGGUGUUCGACCUCAAGACCAUGCGGGAGGUGAAACGGGCCCUGCGCGCCCACCGCGCCUACACGCCCAAUGAUGAGUGCUUCUUCAUCUUCCUGGAUGUCAGCAGGGACUUCGUGGCCAGUGGGGCAGAGGAUCGGCACGGCUACAUCUGGGACCGCCACUACAACAUCUGCCUGGCCAAGCUGCGGCACCAGGACGUGGUCAACUCAGUGGUCUUCAGCCCCCAGGAGCAGGAGCUCCUGCUGACGGCCAGCGAUGACGCCACCAUCAAAGCCUGGCGCUCACCACGCACGGUGCGUGUCCGCCAGGCCUCGCGCCCGCGCCCCUUCUUCUCCUGGUUCGCCAGCCAGAGGCGCUGAGGGGCGCUGGGACCCACCGAGGAGGCCACGGAGGCCCAUGGCCCUUUUUCGGGGGUUGAGCUGCUGCCCAGAGCGCGCGGGGGCAGAGAAGCUUGCUGCAGAAAUGCCUUAGGAGGGGGGCCCCGUGAGGCCACGGCGGGGGACGGCCUGGCCCCCACCACGCUCGUGCACGCACACCGCCUCCCACAGCUGUGGCGCUCGGCCUUGGGCAGCCGGGGCCGUCUCUGGCUGGCUUGGGCUGCACAGGACACUGGGCCCCCGCUCUUCACCCACCCCCUUCCCCUGGGCCUGGGCUCUGGGACAGUCUGCACAACACGUUCCCCUUGGCCAGCCCUGUGGGGCCCUGGCGGUGUUUGCUGGGCCCAGCCUUGCCCAGGGAGCCCAGGCUCCCUUUUCUGGGAACUCCCCAGCGUCAGGGUCGAGAUGCGGGUCAGGCUGCCAUGGGCCGGGCUGCCAUGGGCCCAGGGGACCUGCAUGUCACUGGUUCAGGGUCUGAAUAAAAAGUUGGCAACAGCA